AUGGAUCCAAAGCUUUUAAACGCAAUUCAACAAAUCAAUGCCCAACAAGAAGAGGUAAACAAAAUCAGUGCUGAAAUUCAAACACAAUUAGCCAAACAACAAUCUCUCCAAGCACAAAAGAACGAAAACGAAAAUGUAAAAUUAGAAUUUGACAUUGUUGAUGAAUCGAGUGGUGUUGAAGUUUACAAGUUAAUUGGACCUGUUCUCGUUAAGCAAGAUUUUUCUGAAGCUAAAUCUAAUGUCGACAAACGAUUAGAAUUUAUCAAAAAGGAAGUGGAAAAUACUGAUAAAAAGAUAGAGGAAUUAUUGCAAAAGAAACAAACACUAGAGAAGAGCAUGGUUGAUAUCUCAAAUUGGGUUCAACAAAGAGUUGCCCAAAUUCAACAACUCCAAAAGAAAUAA